AUGAUGUACCACGCCGAAAGCUUUGCUACAAACGAGUUUCUUACAUAUAUCGUUGGAUAUGGGGGUGAGCUCGACACCUAUCCCUUCCUGCUCUCGUUGCCUCGCGUCAAAAUACUCUAUCUUGCGGAACCCCCUUCCCUGCUACGAAAGCUACCUUUCAUUCUCGGAGGCCCUCUCAAAGUGCUACGCCAAGUGAUCGACAUCCUGUACAUCCUGCUUGUGCGCAUCCCUCCACCGGAGUAUAUUCUCGUACAGAACCCACCUAGCAUCCCCACUCUAGCUCUUGUAUGGCUUGUUGCGCGGGUGCGCGGUAGCAAGGUCAUCAUCGACUGGCACAAUCUCGGCUACAGCAUCCUUGCGUUGAAGCUUGGGGAUGAGCAUCCACUGGUCAAGAUCGCGAAGUGGUUCGAGUCCUACUUCGGUCGGUCGGCAUAUGCUCACUUAUUCGUGACAAACGCCAUGCGCGAGUAUCUCGUUAGGGAAUGGGACUUGCAAGGCCACAAGGUCGUGCUCCACGACCGCCCUCCCACCCGCUUCCACCGCGCGACCUCCACCGAGACCCACGAGCUCUUCCAACGCCUGCUCCCGUCCCUCUCCGGCGCGUCCGCGCCCUCCCUUGCCACCUUCCUCCCAAAAUCCGACCCCCCGUUCUCCACACCCUUCACCCACAUAUCCACCUACUGGGACCCCGUGGCCAUGGACGUCGGCGCCUUCACCGACCAUACGAAAGCGCCCCGGCCGCGCCCCGACCGCCCCGCGCUCGUCGUGAGCAGCACCUCCUGGACGCCCGACGAAGACUUCGGGAUGCUCCUCGCCGCGCUCGCCGCCUACGAGCACCGCGCGCGCGAGCUAGAAACCGCCAGCGAGGACGAGCGCCUCCCGAAGGUCCUCGCGGCCGUCACCGGGAAGGGGCCCCUGCGCGCGCAGCACAUGGCGGACAUCGACCGGCUGCAGACUGGGGCGGAUGGCGGUGAGGCGGGUCCGUGGCGGUUCGUGCGCUGCAUCAGCCUCUGGCUCGAGGCGGACGACUACCCGCUGCUCCUCGGCUCGGCGGACCUCGGCGUCUCGCUGCACGCGAGCUCCUCCGCGCUCGACCUCCCGAUGAAGGUCGUCGACAUGUUCGGCUGCGGGCUGCCCGUGUGUGCGCUCGGCUUCGCGUGCCUCGGCGAGCUCGUCCGCGACGGCGUGAACGGGCUCGUCUUCGACGACGCCGCGCAGCUUGCGUCCCAGCUUGAGACGCUCCUCCGCGGGUUCCCGCACCCUCCGGCGCUCGAGGCUCUGCGCGACGCGUUCGGGGCGCGCGCGGGGCCGGGGGCGACGGGUGGGCGGGCGCACCGGUGGGAGUGGGGGACGUGGACGGAGAACUGGGACCAAACGAUGCGGCCGCUGCUGCUGCACGACGUGUCGGCGAGCGACGGGGCGGACGAGAGGUGA